AAUAACUGCGUUGGGGAGAACAACCUUCGCUUCUUCCUGCUCAUCCUCUUUGCGUGAGUGUGGGGAUGGGCUUGGGCAGGGGAAUGAGGAGGGAAGUGGGGAGGGGAGUGGGGAGGCGAGUGGAGAGGGGAGUGUGGUGGUGAGUGUGGUGGUGAGUGGGGAGGGGAGUGGGGAGGAACGAGGGGACAAGAGUGUCAGAAUUCCGCUCAGAACAACCGUAAAUAUAAGUUUUCUGGUGUACGGUGUGUUCGGCGUGUGUUCCAUCCUGGCCUAUUUCACAUGCCCCCAACUCUCCCUCUCUCUCCCCUCCUCUCCGCGUCGCCACAUUCCCCUCCGCAGAAACAUCUAUUUUCUGGCGUAUGGUGUGUUUGGCGUGUGCUCCAUCCUGGCUAAAUUAACAUGCCCUUAA